UAUUCUUACGGCGAUGAGCACUGGGAUAAAGGAGAAGGCAGGAAGAUUGGGGACGAGAGGAAUGGGGGGGAUGAGAGUGCUUGAUGUUCAGAGUUACGGGCAGGCGCCGGGCAGGAGGAGGAGCCCCACAAAGCGGUGGUGGCGGGCCCAUAACGGCGGGAUCACCAGCGGGCGCGUCAGAGGUGCGCGGGGUCGUACUAAUUGUGACCAUUGCGGCGGCAGCGUGGUGGCGGCGGGCAAAAGGCUCAGGUGGGCGCGGUCUGUAGCUCCGCCCCCCGCACCUGCCCAGGUAUAUAGUCCGGAGAGUCAGGCCGGCCGCCAGUUCAUACCCGAGCCCACUGUUGCCCAGUCCAUUCCGUCCCGCAGUGAGAGUGAGUCGAGAGCCUGAGUGACUGUUGAGCGGGAGUGACUCGCGCGGUCACUGCACAGUCUUGAAUUCGUGAGCAGCCGUGACCGAGAUGGACGGCGCUGGUGCUGUGUACCAGCAGAUGGUGCACGCCUUCACUGACGCUUACACCACCGCCCUUUAUACCGCACGCCCCCCCACGCCUGACAGCGACUACGGAUCUCUCAGCCCAGCCUCCACGCCGCCUCCAAGUCCCACCCGUCUGUGCCCCUCGACCCUCGUCCCCGCCCCUUCUCCCGGCAAUCCGAGCGACGCCUGGGCGCCCUUCACAAUGGCCCAGCAGGCAGCCCUCCAGACCUCCACCACGGGCGUCACCUACCCAGAGUACACACAGCUCUACACGGCAGCAGGAACAAACGCUCUUUUCGCAAAACCCGGGACGCCCACCAAGACCAUGACGGGGAUGGGUCAGCGUGCUGCCAUCAGCCAACACCAGUCGAAGGGUGACAACUACAGAGUGUCAGGCUACCAGACGGGUAGGAGUCUGGCACCUGGCAAGGCCCCGUCAGCAGCUCCUCUUGUUGCCAUUGAAAACAAGCGUGAGCAGCAGCGACUUGUGGGCUCCCCUGUGAACCAAAACAACUGCAAAACUCAAAAGGGCCCACGUGGCAGCAGUCGGUGCGGGGUGCGAAAACAACGGACGGGACGUGACGUGACGGACGGCGUGAGGAAGAAGAGGAGGCUCGCCGCCAACGCCCGGGAGCGCCGCAGAAUGGACAACCUCAACAAGGCUUUCGACAGACUCCGCUCAGUCCUACCGCAGCUCUGCGACGACCGGAAGCUGUCCAAGUACGACACGCUGCAGAUGGCCCAGACCUACAUCACCACCCUGGCCGACCUCCUCAUAUAGUGUCGGUAAGCUCUUUGCCAGUACAAGAGUUUACACGAGCCGCUUCCAAGAGAAGAGGCCUGCUUCCCUCUCCCCCGCCCUUGCCUCACCAACACUCCAGAACUCGGCAGCAGCGAUCGUUCCGCGGGUGAUGGGGUCAGUGGGGCAAGGCACUGGAGUGGUGUCUUCCCUCGGGCACUGGAGCCGUAAGGGUGGACAGGCCAGCCAGCUAACGUGACACUCGAGACCUAUGUGUUCUAGUGUCACUAAAACCUGUGUUGGUCAGCCCGCCGGAGCUGGGCAUCGAUGGACAUUCGUUAAGAGCAGACUGAUAUACGCGUUGGUCUAAAGGACGAACCCGCAGUUAGCUGAGCGUCGUGGAGGACACGGGGAGACGAGCCUCGCCUAUCGUGACGUACGAACCUCGCCCAUCGUGUCGUCGAGUCGCCCCGCCGGUGAUGUAUCCCGCCGAGGAGCGACACGAGGCUGUCAACUCUACUGAACGUGGAAGAGAAAGGUGCCAAAUUCCCCCGAGUCAGCCCACCGUGUCGAGACUAGGCAGCGUGAGCCAAAACAAAGACAGCAACACAGUAUUACACAGUUAUGUAUAAAGAAAAAAUAAGAAAAGUAACUACUAUGAUCAAUCUAGUCAGUGUGUCCCAUGUUAAUCUUAAGAUGUAAAUAAAGUGUGUGCAAAAUAUAAA